UGGAUAUAAAUGUAUUUUGGUAUAUGAAGGGAGCGAAUUGUUACUUUACUUAGAACCAGGAAAGUUUUUAGGUGAAUUUAUAGAAGAAUUAAAAGUUGAUUUGAUUUGGGGCGAUUUAAUAGAGGAUAAAGAAGUUGUAUUAACAAUCAUUGAUUCAAUUGACAAUCUUUUUCAAAUAAUAUUGACUGAAGAUAAUAAACACAUGAAUGAAAUUACAUUUAACAACAUAAUUGAAGCUCACAAAAGGCAUCAGAAAUUACAUGAUCUUUAUCCAAGUGAUCUUGUUAUUCUUGUUUCUUUACAA